GCCGUUGGAACUGCAUCUCAAUCCUGAAAUGCUGAAAAUUUGACGAUCAAGCACGAUAAGGCUGCUUAUCGGUGAUUUAGAAGCUUGAAAUAGAACUGCGCGAGAAGGAGAAAGACUGUUGUACGCUGGACGAUGCAACAAGAAGUUGUGGGGAAUUUGCUGACGAUGCUGAAGCAAGGCGAAAAUGCUGCAAGAGCACUUCAUGUGAUUGAAAUCAAGGGAGCGGUAAAUUUCCUCCUCUCGGCGAUGAAAAUUUGAUCGGCGUUUUUCACUCGAAAAUGCCCUCACCCUGAACAGAGCAUUUCUGGCUGUUGGACAAUUUACCUUUGUUUCUUUUGCCAAAUUUGCUCUCGACCUUUUUACAACUUUACUUGCACGACCGAAAGAACUUAACUGUUUUCACUUGUUGAUACGGACUAGUUUCUUUUCUACGUGCACUGUAUUUGUAAACCGACAAGACCACCUGUCGGAGGCAGCGGAGCCAACAACAACUGGGAUCCAUCCCUCUUUAUUACUCAGCAGGAAGCAGUGCAGAAGCAGCUUGGGAAGAUUAUUCACUAACGAAACUUCCGACGGAAAAUUUCAGACCGAGAACGCCGACGACAAAUACUCCAGAUCAUGGCAAAAAUGCAGACAACGACCACCCCCAGCGCGACUUCCUCUCCCGCCGCAAAGGACCGGGAGACCACCUUGGCGAAGAUAAAAUCCGUCCUCGGGCACAAUGCCGUCCCCUCCGAGGGCAGUGGCUCCCCGGAUGCCAGCCCGGCCAGCACGACGACACCGGGGGUCCUGCAGGAAAGUGAUGAACUGAGUGCGCAGCUGUCGCCGUCUUCGUUGCCCGACCAGCGGAUUGCGCCCUACGUGAUCGGCGUCUGCGGCUCCACGUGCUCGGGGAAAACGACUUUGUGCAAGAUCUUGAGGAGAGAACUGAAGAACCUCGACGUGGCGUUUAUUCCGUAUCAAAAAAUGAUAAUUUCAUCGACAUUAGGAAGGAAUGUGUGUCGUUACGUUUGCGCGUUUGUCGAGUUAACCAGUUUAUUCCAACAUUAAGUUUGGUUGCUCGUUCGUCUCUCUUCCCGUUGUUCUCUUCUUCCAACAGUUUCAUAGUGCGAGCAUUCGACCACUUUCAAACCCUCUCCAGGUCCGACUGCUACUACCGGCAGUUGACGCCGGAGCAGGUGAAGCAGGCGCACGCCCAGCAGUACGACUUUGACCACCCGAACGCGCUGGCGUUCGACGAAUUGACAAACGACCUCGCGCUGUUGAAGCAGGGGCAAACGAUUGAACUCCCCAAGUACGAUUUCGCGCAGCACGCGCGGGUACCCAAAGUGGACGAGGCGGACAAGGCGGAACACACCGUGCGACCGGCCGACGUAAUUAUCGUGGAAGGCAUUUUGAUUUACGCCGCCGGGCCGGAGCUUCGGGACCAGUUUGACUCGAAGGUAAGAACAUUAGAGACACAAAAAUAUUAUCUUCCCUUUCUAGCACUACAGCCAUGUUGGGUAGUUUUGCAUUUCUGGCUCUGAGAAAGAAGGUCCAGAACAAUCGAGAUGGAGUGGAGGCAUGUGCAUCCUUUUAUCAGCCUGAGUAGCAUAGGAAUUAUCCACUUCCCCAAACUGUUUGAAACAGGUUUUCAUCGACUGCGAUUCUGACUUGGUCGUCCUCCGGCGGCUGAAGCGGGACAUUAGCGAGCGGGGCCGCGACUUCGAGGGGGUGCAGGAACAGUAUUUGCGGUUUGUGAAACGGUCUUGGGAGGAGUUUGUGGAGCCCUCCAAGCGGUACGCCGACGUGAUCAUCCCGAACGUGAAAAGGGAUGGACACUUGGAGGGCGCGCCGGCGGUCAAGAUGCUGAUUCACGACAUCAAGCACCGCCUGCGGGAAAAUUCGUUAUUACGACAAGGAAGCUCGAGCUACACCACCUGCGGAAGCAGCUCUUGCGCGUCGCAAUCCCCGUCGGAAUGAACUGUUCUGUGAAGAAGUAGUUGUGACCACGAAAUGAUUUUACAGAGAAGUUCUCAGCUGCUCUUGGAGGUGUGCAACUUGAGCAACGAGGCAAGAAAGCUUCCAUUUCAGUACGGAUUUGUGACCAAUAAAACGACAAUCAGCGCAUCAAAUUCUUUCGACCAACAUGAAGUGAUUUUACUGUAUUGACUUUGAAGUAGGAGUUCCUGGAAGUUGCAUAUAGUUCUGAUCGUGCAUGAAAAAGUGAUUUCGAUUUGCGGUCGUGGUGAAGGUCGUUCGGCCUUUUUGUGAACUUGUGUGAUCAUGGGUUGAACGCUUUAUCGCAUACAUGGAAGAAUUCUAAUGGUGGAAAAAAGAAAAACUGAUAAAAAGGAGAGUGAAAGCUGGAGGGGAC